AUGAGUGAAAGUUUUCGUUUGUCGACAUCUGAAAGGAUUGAAAUUGUAAAAUGGUAUGCUAUGUACCAGAAUGCAGGUGAAGUUGCUCAUCAGUUUCAACAAUGUUACGAUCGAACUCCUCCAACACGAAAGAAUAUUUUGAAUCUCAUACAAAAAUUUGAGGAAACUGAAAGUGUUGAAGAUAAACCCAGAUCUGGCAGACCUAGAUCUGUCAGUACCGAUGAAAACAAAGAACGUGUUCGUGCAGCUUUUGAAGAAAGUCCUGGAACAUCAUUAAGAAGAGCUUUAUCGGAGUUAAAUCUGUCUAAAAGCAGUCUUCAACGAAUGAUGAAGGAGUUGAGAUUGAAGCCUUAUAGUCCUCAAUUACUGCAUGCUCUAAGCGAUAAUUAUCCCAACAGACGCUGCGAAUUUGCUGAUACCUUUCUGAAAUUGGUCGCUGAAGAUUCUUCGUUCCCUGAUCGAAUUGUAUGGACCGAUGAAGCUACUUUCAAGUUGAAUCGACACGUCAAUCGACAUAACUGCGUUUACUAUGCUACAGAAAACCCUCAUGUCGUCGUUACCCAGGAGAGUAAUGCCACAGGCAUUAUUGUAUGA